AUGUGGAAACUUUUCUGUGCCGUAGCAGUCUUUGUAGGAGUGAUCGCCGUGCGCGUGAACGGCCAACAGUGUACGCUUUGUGCGGAUGGCUCGGCCUCCAAUCCAAACGGCACAAUUGGUGCAGCUCCAUGUUCGGACAUCGAGGCGGUUAUUGGCUCGACACCCGCGAACUCAACCCAGUGCCGUGAUGUGCAGCUCCAAGGAUUCCUAAAUUGUGGCUGCCCUACUUUUCCAGGCUCCUUUUGCCCCAUGUGCGCCGAUGGUUUCUUCAGCAUUGCGCAACCCAACAAACAGAUUCCUAUUUUGAACGAUAUGACCUGCGAAGAUGCACUAUUUGCCGAGAUUGCGGUUGAAAACGCUUGCAGCGAUAUCGAGCGCACGGCCCACUUUUGCGGCUGCCCCGGUGCACCGGAACCUAUCUGCACUUUGUGUGCCAACGGACCGGCGCCAUCCAAACCUACCCGGCGGCUGCCGCCUAGUUUUACCCUCACCUGCGCUGAUUACAGCGACCUUGUCGAGUUUUCAUUAGACGAAAGUGAAUGCGCCGAUGCAAUCAACGGAACGCUCCCUAUACACACCUCCACAUACUGUGGUUGUGUCAAUGUCUCUACUCCCGUGCCUACUUGCAGCCUUUGUGGCGACGCCGCUUUGAUAAACGCAGACAUGAAUGUAGCCGAGCCGGAUGUAACUUGCCAAGAAUUGUUCGAAAUGGCUCCAUUUUUAAAGGAUCAGUUGUAUUGCUCCGCCCUGCAAGCUAACUUCACAAUAUGCUGCGAAGGAGGCGCCGUACCGGCGCCUACAAUGUCUCCAACCACUGCGCCAGAUCGAUCCCCUCAAGCUCAAACGGAGUCGCCAUCAACAGAUCUUACGAGUGGUGCACGCUGGCAUGCAAGUAUCUGGCUUCUUUGUGCUCUGUCUGUUGCUAUGGUAGCAUCCCAAACUCCUUAA